AUGUCGUCGGGCAUUGAAACAAAUGACUUGGAUGAUAGCCUCCCCGCUCCCUCGCCUUCUACGUCCGCUACUACGGAGCCAUCUGAUGCCGCGUCGGACACCGAGCAGGAGAGUGGGGCACACACAGUCAAACAGAGGAGAGAUCUGCUACAGGUACUGAGUGAGGACUCUCCUGACCCUCUUCCCUUCAGUUGUCAAACGGUCUCCUCUGACAUCUGGUUCUGA